CUUGAUUUUUCUGCUGCAGUUUUGUUCAUUUACCCAGUCUGAUAUGCACCAAGGACGUUAUCCAGGUAAUGACUGGAGACGUGGAGUCUCUCCCAUGAGGAGAUUCCAGGACCCUGUGCGUCAUGUGUCUCUAGACAGAUACAUUUUGAAGGGGGUAUCUCCCUUGAAUCGGCCCGAGGGUAGAGCAUCAACCAGACGUGGCGUUUCUCCCUUGAAUCGCGAGGAUGGAAACAACGACUUUGGACACGAUUCCACCAUGGCGAAGACGUCAACCCUGCUUAACUGGAGUCUCAUGUCUCAGACAGCAAACAAAGUCCCGGGCUUCAUCGAAACACGCCAGCCUCGCUUCAAGCCUCCCAAACUCAAUCUGGGCAUCAAGUCAUCUACAAAUAACCAGAACAUGCAGGCAUCAAAGAAGGAGACUGUCAAAGUUCCUGGUGCAUCAACUGAUGCUAAACGGAAACCUCUUCCGUCAUCCUCAGAAGUGUCCACCUCCAAGGAACAGACUUCCUCUGUGAAAACAGUCACCCCUUCCCACACAAAGAAGGCUGUGGACGUGUCCACUAUGGAUCUGCCAGAGUGGAACAGCGAUUUAUCCCGCUCAGCCUCCUCCUCAAGCACAUCCUGCUCAUCCUCAACAAGCCUGGACUUGAAUGAGGAAAACGUGAUGACCAAACACACCGCUGAAUCUGAUCAGACUUCUCCUGCCAAAGCGCCAAAGAAGAAGGUCAGGUUCAGCCAGGUAGCGUGGUCCUCUGACGUUGACGAGAGAACAAUAAAAACGAGAUUCUCCAAGCCUCAGUCACGAGCAUUCACGAUCUGCAGUGAUGAGAAUCAGUCCGAAUGUGAUAGAGACGGCCAACCUCUGCUUCGUCCCCCACCGCCCCCUCUCGUCCCAUACACCAGGGACGCCAACCGUCGCCUGGUACCCCCCAUGUCCAAACUGAGCCUGGAGGACAUCCAGCUGAUCAACGAAUCGAGGAAGAGGAGGAGGGACAUGUCCUCCGUCCACACAAGCGAUGUCAAAAAGAGGAAGGUUGCACCUCCGGACGGCAGAAAUGAGGUCGGAUACGUUACUAGACCCAAACAAUGGUGGCUGAGAAAGCGCAGGCAGUUGAGCAGGAAACAGGACAAGCAAUCUUCCUCCUCAACUUCUUCCUCUGCUGUCAGCGCAACUACUUCGGCUACCACCGCUUCACCAGGGUCUGCCUCUUCCUCUUGUCCAACGUCCAUCUCUGCUGCCCCAACCGCCUUCUCUUCCCACAGGAGAUCCUUUAAGAGGAGGGCACCAGACGAUGACUGCUGCUCUGGUGAUGGCGUCAAGCGGUCUCGUCUCAACUAGGUCGCGCAACAGCCUAACAGAAUAACAACGCUUCAGAUAAACUGUCAUGGCAUAGUAUAUUUGUACAUAUUUGUUCUGAUUUCGAAAUAAAUAUCGUCUCAGCCUAGCCAAGAUAGGUCCCAGUACUGCAGACUUGUUGUAACAGGCGACAAAGUGGUGGUCGGGCAGCAGAGCGUAAUUCGUAAUUCGUACCUAGAAGACAUCUUCUCAGAUGAGUCAUCUGUUUGCUCAUACUAUCACCCACUGGUUUGUCUACUCCAGACUCGACCACCUUGCAGGCCGCAUUGGCGUAGCUGCAAUACUGCUGACGGCAUAGGUAGCCCAACUCUUCAUUCAAUUGAAAAAUUGAAUUGGCCUCAUUAAAAGUUUACUUACGUCGUUAUUGAUUUAUGAUAAACUUCAGAGUUUGCGCCAUCCGUCAGUUAAGUCA